GUGGCGCUUCGGCUCUACUCGGUCAUUUCCGUCGUAUCGAUUUGUUGGUGAAAGGGAAAGAGUAUGGCGGUCUUUUGUCUCCGGGAUUCAGAUUUGCGGGCUCGGGGUCAUUUUCCUUAAGCUCACACCGAGUGUUUAUUUAUUUCUGUUAUUAUUUGGUGGCGAUUCUGCUCGGGUCGGACCAGUAGGCUGAACGCACUCUGACGCGGCGCUGCUCGGCUCUUUUCGUCUGUUCGGAACGAUGGACGAAGCUGACUCGGCCACGAAGGCGCUCGGGCUCGACGAACCGCCUCCGGAGGAGGGACUGAACUCAGACACCGAGUCUGAGGCCGAAGUCAGCACCAUGGCGGAGAACCCGGACGAAACGGCCUUUGCAGAGGUGACAGCAGUGACGAUGGCAGAUGACCACGCGUUCACCACCACAGUGGCCACAUCUGGAAGCCUGUCUGAACACGUGCUGAGCGGAAGGACGGCCCUGCAGCUGGGUGACGGUCUCAGUUCCCAGAAGGCCACUUUGAUCGUGGUCCACACUGAUGGCAGCAUCGUGGAGGCCGCCAGCCUCAAGUCCACCGCUGCUAUGGCUCCAGGCCCUCAGACUCCGCCCACCCCCCUGACUCCGCCUCAGGACAAAGAUUCUUGCUCCAAAUACAACUGGGACCAUUCGGUGUACAACAACGAGCUGCCGGUCCGCUGCAGGAACACCAGUGGGAUCCUGUUCAAGAACCGCCUGGGAUCAGGAGGUAAAGGUCGCUGUAUCAAACACAACCAGCAGUGGUUCACACCCUCUGAGUUUGAAGCUUCAGCAGGAAGAGCGAGCAGCAAAGACUGGAAGAGGAGCAUCCGUUACGCCGGUAGACCUCUGCUGUGCCUCAUACAGGAAGGGAUCCUGAACCCGCACGCUGCAUCCUGCACCUGCACAGCCUGCUGUGACGAGCCCACCACCACUUUAAAGGACGGUGAUUCUGUCACAGCAGAUAACCUCAGCAUGACCGGUCCGGUACGGCUGUUUGUUCCGUACAAGCGAAGGAAGAAGGAGGCGGAGCCUGCAGCCGCUCACAUCAGGAAGGAGCCUCCAGCUACCAAAAACAUCACGCUGACCUCUGGGGCCACAUUCACUGUGUGUCCAUCAGGACACAUCACCACAGCCGGGACAGUGACCUUUGACCGCACGCCCACAGGCGAGCCUGCUGCCAUCAUGUCAGACAGCGCGGCGCAGAGUGAUGUCUUCACCAGCACCACAGUGCUCGCAGCAUUGCCAGCGUUGGCCGUGACCCCCCAGCCUCUUCAGGCGAAGGUCGCUGUGGCAGCAUCUCCGUCUGCGGGUGUAGUAGCAGGGCUGGAGGUGGGGGUGGGGCCAGUGUUGGGGGAGGGCCAGACGUCCACCUGGCAGCAGCUGGAGGAAAUGGCCAACGUGCUGCUGAGCAACGCGCAGCAGCUGAAGGUGCUGAUUGAACAGGCCAAGCAGCAGGUGCCACAGGUCAAAGGUCACUGCGCCAGUAAAGAGAGCCACUUCCAGAACCAGAUCUCGAGUCCACACCAGGACCAGGAGCAGCCGGAGACCAAGAGAAACUCUGAGGUCACCGAGAUCAUCAUCCACCAAAUGUGCGUCAACUGUGGCCGCGUGGCGCUGAGCGAGUGCACGGCCUGCCGCAAAGUCAGCUACUGCUCCCCCUUCUGUCAGAGGAAGGACUGGAAAGAACAUCAGCACAGCUGCUGUCAAUCAGGAGGGGGUGUGGCUGCCCAGGGGGAGGAGUCAGCACCAGCUGCUGAUGUGGACAAAGUCAAGGCUGUUUGAGACAAUCCAGCAGGAUGUGAUGUCACUGUGACAUCAUCAGGUGUUAGCUAACUGAAGGUGCCCUGCGGCCAUCUUACUACUACCUUCAAGCUUGCAGGCACAUCGCGUGUUUGAGUUCAUGUUACACGAUAGCACGAGAAAAACUGUCCUCGGCCACCUACAGGUUAUG